AUGAAGACAAUUAUAUUUUUAGCUGUAAUCGCAUUUGCGGUUGCCGAUUCCAAGUUUUAUGACGUUGUUAGAUUGGAUAUAGAUAAGAUGGAGAAAGACCCCCAGGAAUUUAAGGGUUUUGUAGACUGUUUAUUGGACAGGGGACCCUGCACGCCCGUCUAUAGCGCCUAUCGAGAGUUAACUAACGAAGUCACUGAAAGUAUUUGCAAGAAAUGCAGCCCGCACCAAAAACGUGGUUACUGGCAAUUCCUGAAAGUACUCAGAACGAGCAAUCCCGAGGACUACGAAAACUUUAGACAAAACGAACUAGCCGGAUUUUUCAUCAUAAUGAAGACAAUAAUAUUCUUAGCUGUAAUCGCUUUUGCGGUUGCUGAAUCCGAGUUUUAUGACGUUGUUAGAUUGGAUAUGGAUAGUAUGGAAAAGGACCCUAAGGAAUUUAUGGGCUUUGUAGACUGUUUAUUGGACAGGGGACCCUGCACGCCCGUCUUUAAAGCCUAUCGAGAUUUAACUCAAGAGGUCACUGAAAAUAUUUGCAAGAAAUGCAACCCGCACCAAAAACGUGGCUACUGGCAAUUCCUAAGGAUACUCAGAACUACCAAUCCCGAGGACUACGAAAACUUUAGACAAAAAUACGAUGCUGACAAUAUAUAUAUCGAUAUUCUAGAAUCGGUACUGAGUGGAUAUGCACCUGUAAUCGCAUUUGCGGUUGCUAUAUCCGAGUUUUAUGACAUUGUUACAUUGGAUAUGGAUAAGAUGGAGAAAGAUCCUCAGGAAUUUAAGGGUUUUGCAGACUGUUUAUUGGACAGGGUACCCUGCAGGUCCGUCUUUAGAGCAUAUCGAGAUUUAUCUCAAGAAGUCACUGAAAAUAUUUGCAAGAAAUGCAACCCGCACCAAAAACGUGGCUACUGGCAAUUCCUGAGGAUACUCAGAACUACCAAUCCCGAGGACUACGAAGACUUUAGACAAAAAUACGAUGCUGACAAUAUAUAUAUCGACAUUUUAGAAUCAGUACUGAAUGGAUAUGCACGAGUGCAUUAA